AACUAUAACAUCAAUCAAAACAUCAAACAUCAGGCCACCAGCAAUAUCCAUUAAAAGCAAUAAUCAAUAUCGAAUUUCUCUACAAAUACAAUCCAUAUAAUGCAGUGAGUAAGGUAAUACCCGUGCGCACCAGCUGCCUUGUUGUUGUCGGGUAGUAGCGGCGUGCAGGCAGUGUGCCAGCAGUGAGCCAGCCGAUGUCAGCUGGGACUGGUGGUGAGCUCCUGGCGCCAUGAACAUGCUCCAUGUUCUGGUCGUGCUGGUGACGAUCCUGGCCUUCGCUGUGCGUUGGCAUUAUGUCAUGGCCGGUAUGAAAGCUCGAAGUGUGGAAGCAGUAGACAGCUCAAGGUGGUGCGUAGGGCGGCGGCUGCAGCCUGAUGCGAGCGAAGGCCGGCAUCCGCGGGCGCGCCCCUCAGCGUCGCUGCGUGCGCGCUCCGCCGCGUUUCGACCACCCUACAAGCGAGACCCCGACAUCUUUCUGGACAACGAACCCAUCGGCCAGCAGCCUCGCGUGCACGCUAACACACCCCAUACAUGAUAACGUUACCUUUCCAUCCGUAUAUCUAAACACAGCGCAGUCGUAUUUUGUAAAAUAAAAAGUGACGCUUC